UUGGAUGUGUAAGAGUGGAGAGACUGUGACCUAUCCGGCCUCUCGGAGCUCAGGGAUGCGAUUGCUGUGAAGGGAAUCUGCGCAAGAGUCACCGAUCCUCGGCUAGACAUGGCAAGAAACCGGCAUUUGUUCUUGGUGCUCCUCCUCGCGGCGCUGCUGGCAUGCGCGAGCUUCAUCCAGGUACAUUCCGAGGAUGCCGACGAUCUGGAAGAUCUGGACGCCGAGGACGAGCCGCAGCACAAGGCCGCUGCUCACGAUCUUGCCGAGGAGGGGCCCGAGGAGGAGGAUUAUGGAUCCUGGGAGGACGAGCAGUAUCCAGCCGUGGACGAUAAGGACGUGGUGGUGCUCGGCAGCGGCAACUUCAGCGAUUUCAUCAAGAAGAACAAGUUCGUGAUGGUGGAGUUUUAUGCUCCGUGGUGUGGCCACUGCCAGCAGCUAGCUCCAGAGUACGCCGACGCCGCCACCAAGCUCAAAGGUGAAGUGGCUCUUGCCAAAGUAGACGCUACCGUGGAGCACGACUUGUCCCAGGAGCAUGAGGUGCAAGGAUUUCCAACCAUCUUCUUCUUCGUGGAUGGUGUGAAGCGCUCAUACUCCGGGCACCGGACUGGGGAUGAGAUCAUCAAGUGGAUAAAGAAGAGGACCGGGCCUGCUGUUACAAAUGUGGAUUCUGUUUCUGAUGCCGAGACGAUUCUGGCAGCUGGAAGCCCAAUCGCUGUCGCUUUCUUGAGCAGCUUGGAGGGUGCUGAAGCCGAGGAGUUCGCUGCUGCUGCACGUCAAGACGAUAAUGUGUUGUUCUAUCAAACUACGAAGGCAGAAGUUGCGGAACGAUUUGAACUGAAAACGAAGAAGAGGCCAGCGGUGGUUCUUCUGAAAAAGGAGCACGAGACAACUUCUCACUUUGAUGGCAAGUUCGAGAAAGAUGCAAUCUCACAGUUCGUCUCAACAAAUAAAUUGCCUUUGGUUAUUGUUUUUAGUGGGGAGAAUUCUAGUUUGAUAUUUGACAACCCGAUAAAGAAACAGCUUCUCCUUUUUGCUGGUGGCGAAGAUUUCAAAUCGUUGUAUCCUUCGUAUCAAUCUGCGGCAAAAGCAUUACAAGGAAAGCUUAUUUUUGUUCAUGUUGACACUGCGGGAGAGGAUGCGGCACAGAUCACUGAGUAUUUUGGUAUCACCGCUGAGAAGCCGAAGGUGAUGGGAUUUUCUCCGGACGAGCAACGAAAGUUUAUGUUGGAUAAGGAUAUCAGCACAGAUAACCUCAAGGCUUUUGGUGAGGACUUUCUGGCAGAUAAGCUUCAGCAAUUCUAUAAAUCUGAACCAGUACCAGAGAAGAAUGAUGGAGAUGUAAAAAUCGUCGUGGGUAGCAACUUCGACGAGAUUGUUCUGGACGAGUCCAAGGAUGUCUUGCUGGAGAUUUAUGCUCCGUGGUGCGGGCAUUGUCAAGCACUGGAGCCCAUCUACAACAAGCUCGCAGCUCGGCUCCGAGAAGUCAAAUCUCUGGUGAUUGCCAAGAUGGACGGAACAGCAAACGAACACCAUAGGGCAAAGUCGGAUGGUUUUCCCACGCUCUUGUUUUUUCCCGCUAACAAGAAGAGCUUUGACCCGAUCACAGUGGACGCGGACAGGAGCGUCAAAGCCUUCUACCAGUUCUUGAAGAAGAACGCCGCGAUCCCAUUCACGCUACCAAAAUCCGAGAAGACGAAGUCUCAAGCUCCAGAGGAGGCAGCCGCCCCUCCCAAGAAGGAGGAGGUCAAGGACGAGCUCUAAAAAAAUGAGAGAAGAGAAGAGAUCUCACUGGAGAACGUUUUUUAAGCAAACACGAGGAGAGAAGAAAAAAAAUAUUGGACUGCUGUUCCCAGGA